GUCGCGUCAAUGGAGCAGUCUCGGAUCUUACCAUGGAGGCCACCCCGGGUUUGUGAGGAUUACUGGAGUGAAUUCAGGCACUGCAAAAGCUUACUAAAUAAAUUCCACCACUACUACACUUAUGGAGAGUCGCCAUCCUGUCAACAGUGGAGUCAAGAUUACAAAAACUGCAAACAAUGGGAGAGCCACAAAGAUCUCAAAGCAAAGGAAGAUUUGCAACAGAGCGAGAGGACUAGAGUGGCUGAGCAGCAACAAUUUACUCCUGUGUGGAAACUGAGAAAAGAACCUCCAAAAGACUGGCACCUGCCCUUAAACCAAGAAAAGUCUCAAGAGUUCUGAACUGUUGAAUUUAGUUUAUAAAAUAUUUUAUUAAAACAUCUUAUGUUCUUGUACCAUCACAUUGCAUGACUUGGAACAUUUUUCUUUAAAUGUGCCUGCACUACAUAUCUCUGUUUUGUAUUAUUACCACCUUGCCACUUCCUUAUUCAUAUUGAAGUGGAAAAUCUUCAGACACUGGCAAAUAAAUUCCUUUUAGAAGUGAAAAGGACUUGGAGGUGAUUAUAAAACCAACAACAUGGAGCACAAUUUGCAAUUUUGUCUGUGUAAUCCCUCAGUCGUCCAGGUAGAACUUCGGCU